AGAGGAGGUCCCGCCCCCACCUCGCUCUCCUUUACGGGAAGUGAUGUGGGGCCAGACGGAAAAAACCCGCCAAGGACCCAAAAAAGAUCGGCAGCGGGUGGACACGGCGCGCAGGGUAAAGAGAGGCGUGGGGUCCGCGGACGUAGCAGACAAAAAGUAACUUUGUAGAAGAGGACAUGUGACUGCAUGCUGUCUAAUUGUUGAAGCAUUGGGAUCGCCAGUCUCUAAAGUUUCAGGAAAAUCAAUCAGCAAUUUAUACUUUGUCAAGGACCAGCCUGGGCAUUGUGACCAAUUUAGGACAAACCUCCAUCGCCCCUCAUUUUGCUGAAGGUUUUCUCCAACUGAAAUCUCUAUUUUAUUGCUGGAUCGUGGAUUAAUGUUUUGCUGCCAGUCCCAGAGAUAAGACAGGAGGUGAACCACUCAGUUCUUCAUUAUGUCUGAUGGAGACUAUGAUUACCUCAUCAAGUUUUUAGCUUUGGGAGACUCUGGAGUAGGGAAGACCAGUGUACUUUACCAGUACACAGAUGGUAAAUUUAACUCCAAAUUUAUCACGACAGUUGGCAUUGAUUUCAGGGAAAAGAGAGUGGUGUACAGAGCCAAUGGGCCAGAUGGGGCCAUUGGCAGAGGCCAGAGAAUCCACCUGCAGUUAUGGGACACAGCAGGUCAGGAGAGGUUUCGCAGCUUGACAACCGCAUUCUUCAGAGAUGCUAUGGGGUUUCUUCUGCUUUUCGAUCUGACCAAUGAGCAAAGCUUCCUCAAUGUCAGAAACUGGAUAAGCCAGCUACAAAUGCAUGCAUAUUGUGAAAACCCAGACAUAGUGUUAUGUGGAAAUAAGAGUGAUCUGGAAGACCAGAGAGUAGUAAAAGAGGAAGAAGCCAGAGGACUUGCAGAGAAAUAUGGAAUCCCCUACUUUGAAACUAGUGCGGCCAAUGGGACCAACGUAAGCCUAGCGAUUGAGACGCUCCUGGACCUGAUAAUGAAGCGAAUGGAACGGUGUGUGGACAAGUCCUGGAUUCCUGAAGGUGUGGUGCGUUCCAACGGCCAUACCUCUGCAGAUCCUUUGAAUGAAGAAAAGGAGAAGGGGUCAUGUGGUUGUUGAAGAGUCCAGUGAGCUACACAGUAAUUCCAGUGGCCCAGGUCUGUGACUUCCUCUAUGGCAAUACAUGACACAGAGAAAGAUAAAUGGGCAUUGUGUACAAACUGUUUCUCACCCCUCAAUUAGGCCUAUCAGUCAAGCAUCCAGUUUUAAAAUUACUCUGCUGCAACCUUGUAAAUAUUGCUUUAAGAUUCAGUCUGAGUGUUAGGAGAACUAUUCCCCAUAGCCAAAAGUGCCUUAUCAAGUCUUAGCCCAGGGCAGUAGAUCCUUCAAGGGUUCAGGAUUCUGUAGGCACAGAACAGUGCGUUUACUUUGUAGAGUGACAGAAGAUACCAUUGCCUGCCUUAAUGUAAGUAAGCCCAGAGUCUCACAUUCAGGAUCUUGAUACAUUGAUAAAACUCUCAGUCUUUAAUCAAAUUUUGAAAACCUGACUUGCACCAUAGGUGACUUUCUGAAAUGCCAUGUAAACCAUUUGAAUGUUAAAUAUGAAUGUAUGCAAACGAUGGUUCAGUGUUUGUGAGUGUUAAUUUAUGUAAGCAUUCUCUUUAAAAUGACUAUAGGACAAAUUAUUGGCCUUAUCUAUAGACCCUGGAGAAACUGGACUGACCAGUUAUGUACUCACUGUGACUAUUGUUUGUGGGAAAGGGAUUGGGAGUGAGGGCUAGGGUGGCUUAAUAUUGUAUGAGCAAUGGAAGUGGGACUUCUGGCUCCCUGCUGGAUUCUCUUUGCUCCGACAGGUUGAUUGAAGGGCCAGGGAACUAGAUUUUUAUGGCUUUAGUUCAUUGUGAUCUGUGCAUUUAUACUUGGCUUAUAUGCUGGCCAUAUCUGAAUGUAGCUGGUGCUUAUGCUAAAGUUAUUUGUGAUAAGUAAACACAUAGCUUCGUUUUCUUCAUAUUUAUAAUGUUGUUCUGGCACCCUCAGACUGUAGUUUCAAUUAGCUUGAGAACUACUAACCUUCUAUUUUCACCAUCAGGCUCUCUGUUGUUCAUCUUUGCAACUUUUUUUUUUUUUUAAAUUGGGGGAAUUAGUUUUUAAUUACAUAAAAUGGCUGUUUACUACUUGUAGUCUGGAUGUUUGUACCUAAGCAGUUACAUCUGUAUUCUAGCUCGAUAUAAGAAAAAUGAAAUGUUCCAUAGCCAUGGGCCUUUACUGUACCUGCUGGAUCUUACCAAGGUCAUGUAUUCUUCUGCUUUGCCAAAGUGUCUUUUUACCAAAUUAAAGGUGGUUUCAAAAUUG